UCACAUUCUAAAAAAAUAGCUUAUUCUAUUAGUAAGAUUCCAAUUCCUUGAAAUGAAAGGAAACAAACGGGACCUAAGGGUCCGUUUGUUUGAUUGGAAUUGGUUUGAAUUGGAAUUUAAUUCUUGGGCUGACUUGUUUGGCAAGUUAUAGAAUUGGAAACUAACUUUCCAUCCAUUUCUUGGGCUGGAAUUAGAAGCCUGCAAAACUUUCCUAACCUAAAACGAGGAAACAAAUUCCUCUCUUCAACCCGAGCGUCGUCUCCUCCCGAGCGCCGCGCUACACGCCCGUGCCGCCUCCUCCUCGGACUCGUCUGCGGUGGACGGAGGAGCGCCGCAAGCCCGCCUGCACCGAGUGCCGCACGCCCGAGCGCCGCAAGCUCGCCUGCGCCGAGCGCCGCACGCCCGCCUGUGGUGGACGGAGGAGCUGCAUCGGCAGUUCGUCAAGGCCGUCGAGUGCCUCGGUGGCCAGGACGAUCUCCCUGGCCUCUCCGGAAGCAAGAACGCCUACCUGCUUUAAGCAAGGAUGAAGAUCUUUGUGAAAAGCUCAACCGGUCGGACAGUAUGCCUCAGGGUACACCCAGCAGAUACCGUGCAUACCGUGAAGACAAAGAUUCAGGAACAGCAAUACCUUGUUUAUGAUGGAGUGCAGCUCGAGGACGAUCGUACACUGGCUGACUACGGCAUCGAACAUAAAUCUGUGCUUGACCUCAAAGAAAAGAUGCAAAUCUUUAUAGUGGAAACACUAGCAGGCACAACCAUCACUCUUGAGGUUGAAAGUUCAGAGACUAUCGACAACAUCAAGGAAAGGAUUAAAGAAAGUGAGGGCUUUCCCAAGGGUCAGCAGUGUCUCAUAUUUGACAACAAGCAGCUAGAGGACAACAGCACCUUGGCGGACAACAACAUUUCCGAGGGGUCUACCCUCCUCCUUGUCCUCCGCCACAUGCUUCUCAGAGGAACUAUGCAUAUCUCCAUAUACAUGUUCUCGGGAAAGGUAGUCACUCUUGAAGUUAAGAGGUCAGAUACGAUCGAUAAUGUCAAAUUAAAGAUCUAUGAGAAGACCCAUACUCGGCACAUACAGCAAAUGAUAAUAUUUGAUGGGAUCAAGCUGGAGGGCAGCAAGACCCUUGCAUACUAUGGCAUAGAGGAUGGGGAUACCCUACAUAUGAUGCCCUGCUUGUGUGGCUGCUAAGGUUGAUGUAUUGCAUGGUCAUCAGUCAUCUUUCUUUCGUGCAUUGGUGUGUGUUAUCAGUAAAAGCAGCAUUGUAUUGCUGCAGCCUCUUUCCAGUACUGCUGGUCUAUGAGUAAAACUAUCCUGAGAUCAUAUGGUAACAGUCUCCUA